AAAUUUAACACACGCAUCACACCCCAUAAACCAAAACCAUGUGUGUGCCUUUUCCACUGCCUCUGGUUUUGCACACAAACUAAACUAGUGUCUGUGUUUUCCAUUGUCUCAAGCUCACUAUAUAUUUUAACAACAAACUGCACCCCAUAUUCAUUCAUCUUCAUCUCAUCAAUCUUUUCAAUUCUCUAUGCACACAUCAAACUCGACACUACCUUGUUCUUAAACUCACAACAAAAACUAUUUGCAUCACCAACUACUUUCUAGCUUAUUAUAUAUUCAAAAGUUGUGAAGAAUAUGAGUUCAACAAGCCGUGCUUGGGCUUGGACCGUGGCAGCUGGUGUUGGAGUGGUGGAGGCCAUGAAGGAUCAGGGUAUCUGCAGGUGGAACAGUGUGAUGAGAUCAGCACAACAACAUGCUAAACAUAAUAUGAGGUCUUUGUCUCAAACCAAGAAGCUUUAUUCUCAAUCAUCUGUUAUGGCUUCAGCCAAAUUGAAAGAUGAGAAAGCUAAGCAGUCAGAAGAGUCUCUGAGAACCGUCAUGUACUUGAGUUGCUGGGGUCCCAACUAAACACAGAUGCAUGGAUUUUAUGCAAUUCUGGAUUUCUUUUUUUCUUCUCUUCUUGGAAUAUGAAUUGCAGGAAGAUGAGAAAUGGAAGACUCAAAAGAUGCACCAAUCAGAGAAGAUUCUCAAGUAACAUGUUACAUGGAUGCUAAUAUGCUAUGCUUGAACACCUGUUGAUCAGACCGAAUCAGAAGCUGAACUGAGAAUAUAUAGUCUGAAGCAUGUCUUCUGCUGCUGGGGAGAGACGUAUGGAUUGGAUUUGGAAGAGUGCGCCAGUACCAAUUCAUGGCAAUCGCCUUAAUUUGAUCGAUAAUCAUCUUUGGAAUGAUGAAAUUUGAGACAGCAAUUGCUACAUAUGUAUACGAUUUUUUACAUGAUGAACGGGACUAUGUGUUAUGCUGAAUAAUUGUAAAGUGUAACUUAUAUGCCCAACAAAUAUAAAGAAAUGACAUGUUUCUCUGAAUUUUUCCUGUGUUAUUUUUUUGGUGGGAGCCCCACCUAGCUUGUUCAAUACAAGAGUUUAAAACUUA